AUGUAUCAGUUCCUGUUGCUCCUACUUCUGCCUGCCUUGGCCAUGGCCGGCUGCAAUAAGGAAAUCAUGAAAAUGUUCUUUGAAAGAGUUGAUGCAGAUGACAACCAAGCUGUGGAUCGAGCAGAAUCAGAUGCUUUCUUUAAGAUGUUGGAUACCAGUGAGGACAAGAUUCUUACCAUCCCAGAAAUCAAAGAAGUUGCCGAAAGGCUCGUCCCAGAACUGAAAGAUGAUGUAGAUGAUCUGUUUGACGUGGUCGAUGUGAACAGAGAUAAGGUUGUCACCCAAGAAGAUGUUGACGGCAUCUUUCUUAUUGCUGACAAAGACCGAAAUAAUGCCGUUUCUAAAGAAGAGUUUGACACGCUUUCAAAGUUGUAUUUAUUGCUGGAGUGCACAAUCGGAUGA